AUGCCACCGCCAUAUUUGAUCAAGGGGAGGUUCAACUACAUCUUGACCUUCCGGGGCUGCUUCAAUCCGCCUCAUCAAGGACACAAGGAAACAUUAUGCCACGCCUUCUUUCGAGGUGGGGAGGGUAUACACCUGAUAGCCGCCAUCAUCUUCCCUUUGGACGACUAUUCCGUAGCCUCGAAGUACAGACACGGAAAACCGGGCUCAAAGGACCUAGUUCUUACCCUACAAGAGCGUCUUAACCUCAUCAACAAUAGUGGUCUCCAUGGUGGCUGGCACUGGUGUCACCCACGUGGUGAGCCAGGCUCCGAAGCAUUCAAGGACCGACUCAUAUCAGAGGCCGCAACAGAUGGCUUCAACAUACGGUUCAUCACUUUAAUUGGACCUGAUCACGUUGAUCAAGAAUAUGGGUCCGCCGGAUACUGGGGGCCUACUAUAGUCGUUGGUACUGGGGAUCCAGAACGCACCAGCCUACGCAUGGAGACGGAAACGGGACUACGAAAAUUGGCAGCUUACAACGACUGGCGCACCGAAGCACUCGAAGAACUUUUUAUCCAGCAGUUGGGAGCUGGCGGUAACUUGACGUGGCUGGAGCAGAAGUUAUCAAUGCUUUUUCCGCGCGCAAUGACGAAGCUUCCGGGCGACCGCGACGAGCGGCUCCAGAUGAUCAAGGAUCGACUACGUACAGGACCACCUACAGAAUGGCUGCGUUAUGUGCCCACACGCUUCUUCGGUAUGACAGGCGGUGUCUGGUUUCUCGGCUACAAAGAGGAAUCACUAUCAUCAACACGACUUCGCCGCGCGCUUGCAGCCUCCAAUGAGGGAGAACAGCUCAGCAAGUCCAUCACGGACGUUGCACUCAGCCCACGGCUGCUAACCCGAUAUGUAAAGGCGCACGCCGCUGAUACGACCCCUAAACGCAAACGUCCCGCGGAAGAAGACAAAGGAGCUGAGGCGCAACGCGUGGAGCGAGAAGGACAGCAACGCCAGUUCAAGAGGCUAAAGCAAGACUUUGCGCGAAACGAGAAUGCGUAUAGAGCAAACCAAAGGAUUGCCUGGCGGGGUCGAGAGAAGAGCGAUUAUCGUGAUUGGAACCGAUUGGAAUGGCAGGAUCGUAGGGAUGUUUAUAAAGCGGAGCGCGCCAUGACUCAGGACUGGAAGACGCUCAAAGAUCCAAUCAGGAAGGAGAAUAUCUUGUUCGAGUAUUUGGAGAAGAUGCUUAGAGAGAGGGAAAGGAGUGCGGAUGCGCGUGCUAAGGUUGCGGCGGCAAAGCCAGACCAGGUUUAG